ACAUGAAUUAUAUGAUGGUUUCUUCUUUCUACUCGGUCCAAAAACCCUGAAAAAGUGUAAAAUAGAAAGAAGGUUUCUGCAAAUUGCUGAGUAUGGAAUCAGCACCAGCUUGGCUGCAAGAAAUUAUUGAUAACACCGCUACUUUCUCAGAAUCUGAGAUUGCAGAGAUGGAAAAUUUAUUAAGGCAAGUACGAAAAGAGGAUAGGACUCAGGAAUUUUGUCAAGAUCUUGCAACAAGUUUUAGUUCCUCCACAUGUCGUAUUGGAAAGCCAGGCAUAUCUUGGCAACAGGUGCACAGUUGGUUUAUACAUAGACAAAAAGAUUCACUUAGCAUUGCGAAUGUGUCUGUGCCAAGAAUAUCACCCGAGACUUCAAUGGUGCUUAAAGGUGGAACUGCUGCAGAACUUUCCGAGUUGGCUUUUGAGGCUAAAUCUUCCAGGGAUAAUGCAUGGUAUGACGUCAGUACAUUUCUCACUUACAGAGUUCUUUCUUCUGGUGAACUAGAAGCUCGUGUUAGGUUUGCUGGUUUUGGAAUUUCCCAUGAUGAAUGGGUGAAUGUAAGAUUUGGGAUCCGUGAACGUUCAAUCCCUCUGGAACCCUCAGAGUGCGAUAAGAUUAAGGUUGGCGACCCUGUACUAUGCUACCAGGAAAGACUGGAUUAUGCUGUAUAUGUGGACGCUCAUGUAAUGGAAAUCCAAAGGAGAUUGCAUGACAUAAAUGGAUGCCGAUGCAUCUUUGUCAUUCGCUUUGAUGAUGAUAAGACCGAGGAAAAGGUCCAACUGAACAAGAUGUGUUGCAGGCCAAACUAAGUAGUCGGCAUUGAGAUUAGUUAUUGUAGAAACAAAUAUAUUCAUAUUAGGAAUCAACAUUUUCUAUGUAAAACAAUGUGAAAUUGAUUUUUCAGCUGUUCUUAGUGGAUGUUUGGUUUGUGAGAAAACAUUUUUCUGGAAAUUAUUUUCCAGUUCUUUUCCGUUAUUUGGUUUGACAAGCGAAUCAAAAAGGAAAUCGCAGGUGGAAAAGAGUUUUCCAUCGGAUCAUCAAACUUUGCAAGCAUUUGUCUUUUACCUCCAUCAUUCCAUACUGAACGUCUCUAUUUCCUUCGAGAUGAUACGUCAAAUCAAAUAAACGAAAAAUUAAUCAUAAUUUUCAUUUUCCAUUGUAACAUAAGGAAAACUAUUUUCCUAGAAAAAUGUUUUCUACCAAACCAAACACAUUCUUAGACAUCAUCUACUGGCUACUAUUGUUGUUUGAGGUUCAUCAGAUUGGGUUUGAAUAAUAGUGUUUCUAGUCGAA